UGCUCUUACAUUUUGUUUUAUUUUCAUUACGCGUGUGCUUUGCGAUUAGAUUUUAAAAAAAUCUACUUUGGUUCAAAAAUUGAAGACAUUAUAGUAUUUGUUCGCAGUUUUUAUAUAAAUUAUACAAAAUUGUAUACGCGAUAGUAAAUGAAUGACUGGUUCUACAAGUGAAGUUUUUACGAUAUUUUCAAGUGUCUUUUACACUAUCGAUGCUAUGGCAACCUCUUUAAAAAGAUCGACUACUGUGAUGUUUUAUAUUUUGAUCAUCAAAAAAGUUGGAGCUCUACCACGUUCAAGUUACAGUAGUUCUGAAAUAUCUUCAAUGAACAGCUCUUACUUAUCAUGGAAACAUGAAACGAAAGGCUAUAGUCAUCUUCAGACUGAAAGGAAUAUUUUGUCCCAGGAAACUGACAAUUUCAGUAACAAUAGUAGUAGAAUAGAUGGUAAAAUUGUCUUCCCAACUGAGGAAUCCCCUUUUUUGGUGCCAAGUUUUAAUCAUGUUUGUGAGAAUGCUACAUUCUGUGAAAAUACGACUGAUUAUCCUGAGGAUUUUAUAGAAAAUCUUUUACGAACAAGUAAAGAUAUAAAAUCAUUAUUUUCUGGAGCUGAUUUGAUCCCUGACGUAGAAAAUCGACUUAAUGUUUCUCCAGAAGAUGCUUCACUAUGUAACUCAUACGAAAAAGUGAUUUUUCCAAGAGUUGCUGAGAGUAAAGAUAAGGAAUCACUGCUUGUUGUCAAUCAUGGCAGCUACAAACAAGCUGUUCGAGUAGAAAUAUGUGGAAAUGAAGAUAACGAAUGCAGUGUAAUUAAUGCGACUCCAGAGGGCUAUAAAACCUUCUGCAAGCAAAAAUAUGUCUACAAAAUGUUAGUAUCUGUUUCUUCUACUGGUCAUCUCAAGCAAGAACCGUUCAGAUUUCCUGCCAAUUGUUGCUGUCAUAUUAAAUUUUACGGAAAUCCACAAAUGCGACUGGGAGGAAGCUCUUUAAAAAAAAAAUUUACAAUAAAUCCGAAAACACAUCGAUAAUCUUAGUCAACGUUUCUAUUGUUAUGCAUUUUCCAACAGUUUUUAUUUAAGGACGUUCGGUAGAGAUAGAACCCUGUGAUAAAUCUUUUUG